AAAAAGAGGGAGCUGAUUACGGCUGUGAGCUAUAGAUGUUGUGCUGAUCCACUUUGAUACCGACACCCAGUCAUUUGGAGACUAGUUUCUUUGAGGAUACUUAACACCGAAAAACCUAAGCCAUGCCAGCGCCGAAAGUGGCCGUUCUAGGCGGGGGAGCGUCUGGAAUGACGGCCGUGAAGGCUUGUGUUGAAGAAGGUUUGGACGUCGUUUGCUUCGAGCGUUCAUCUGACACCGGUGGACUCUGGAGGUACAGCGACGAGCCUGAAUCUUCCAAGGGAGGCGUGAUGAAAAGUACCAUUAUCAACUCAUCAAAAGAAAUCUCCGCGUUCAGUGACUUCCCCCCGCCUAUGGAGUUCCCGAACUUCAUGCACAACUCCAAGAUGAUUCAGUAUUUGGACAUGUACGCUGAUAAAUAUGGAAUGCGAAACUACAUCAAACUGCGUCACGAGGUGUUGUCAGUGAAACCGACUGACGACUAUGCUGAGACUCACCGCUGGGUAGUCAGGGUGAAAAAUCUGGAUGAUGGAGAGAUCUUCGAAGACGUUUACGACGGCGUCAUGGUCUGCACCGGACAUCACUGUUUCCCCCUGCUGCCGACGUUCCCCGAGCAAGAGAAGUUCAAAGGGCGCGUCAUUCACACACACGAUUACCGCCGACCUCAGGGCUUCGAGAAUCGUCAAGUCUGUGUCGUAGGCGUCGGUAACUCGGGCGGCGACGCAGCCGUCGAACUCAGCGCAAUCGCCGAUCAGGUCUAUCUGUCGACUCGGCGCGGUGCCUGGGUGAUCCACAGAGUUGGCAAACAUGGCAGGCCCUUCGAUAUCAGCGUAAUGACUCGAUUGGGAAACAUCUUCUUCUCCAUGUUGCCCUACAAGCUUCUCUGCUGGUUCUGUGAACAGAAAAUCCAAACUCGUUUCGAUCAUGAAGUUUACAACUUGAAACCCACUCAUAGGAUUUUCGCUCAACAUGUCAUGGUGAAUGACGCUCUGCCGAAUCGUAUCCUCAGCGGCACCGUCAUUGUCAAAGGCAACAUCAAACGCUUCACCGAGGAUGGUAUCGUUUUCGAAGGAGAAACGAGAUCCACUCCCGUUGAUGACGUAAUCAUGGCCACAGGAUACAAAAUCAGUUUUCCAUUCUUCGAAGAAAACCUCAUCUCUUGUCAGGAGAACAAGAUCGACCUCUACAAAAUGGUUUUCGACCCUAAUCAUCCAACUCUCGCAUUUAUCGGCAUGGCUCAGCCGAUCGGACCUCUGAUGCCCAUCUCUGAGAUCCAGUCGCGUUGGGUCGCCCGGAUCUUCUCCGGAAAACAGAGCCUGCCCUCAAAGAAAAUCAUGUACAAGAGCAUCGAAGCGUACAAGAAGAACGUGAGAAGUCGAUAUUUCGAGGGACCCCGGAACACAAUAGAAGUCGACUGGAUGCCCUACAUGGACGAAAUGGCCGAUGAGCUCGGAGUCAAGCCUAACAUGUUCAAGUUAUUCGUCACGGAUCCGACUCUCUGGACUACCCUGAUGUUUGGACCCCUCCUCCCGUACCAGUACCGUCUCGAAGGUCCGGGUAGAUGGCCGAAAGCCCGCGAGGCUCUUCUUACCGCUGAGGAGCGAAUUGUGGGCGCUUUGCAGACGAGGAAAGUACCGAUCGCAAAAGGCAAACCAGGCAACCCACUUGUCGAAGUGCUCAAGAUGUUCCUCCGUGCGGUUUUCUCUCUGAUCUUCAUUGUCGUGAUGGCUUCAUUCACGAUGAUGAUUUAGAUCGGGCCGUUUUUAUCUUAUAGCACACAGAGGAUCCUCCAUUAGACGCCGAGUCUUAUGCGACCUUCACUUAUUGUAAAUAUUAUAAGCUUGAUGAGAUUCUGUUUGUAACAUCUAUGGGCGAUUAUCGGAUACGGCAUCGUAUCCAUCCGGAUACCAUAUUCCACCGUAUUGAAUAUCAAUAAAUACGACAGUUGAGUUAUACC